CUCAAUUAUAUGUCCUCUCCUCUGUCCUAGUAUCGCGUUAUCGCUGCAAAUAAACGCUCAAGACAACUCAUCUAUCUCUAUUCCCUUCGAGAAUCAGCUUGCUAUACCGAUGAAGUGUAUGAAUUUCUGAGGUGAUCCUCCAGAUUGUUCGGAAAAAAACUGUUGUUCUAUGAGCAGGCAGCUACUACAACUCCUACAAGAAGAACAAAAGGAACGAAUAAAUGGGUUGUGGUUCCUCCAAAGCUACCAAGAAAGCUCGACAAGAGCUUGCGGAGCUACAGGAGCAUGUGCGGGAAUUGAUGAAUCCAAACGUCUUUUUCUUCGACCCAGAUGCUAGUGAAGCCGUUCACGUGUAUGGGGAAGGCGACUUGGGAGAUGAAAUCAUCGACUUGGAUGCGUUGCAGUUGGAGGAUAACUAUGGUCACACAUAUUUAUAAUUAAAAAAGCUCUACCCCAUGAGUGGGUACAUCAAUCAAUCAACUAUAUGCGGCCGUCUAACAAGCGGCGGUGCUGGAUAACGGAGGAACAAACAGACCCAGGGCCAACCCUGGACUGUGCAAGUACAUCAAUCAAUCAAUCAAUCAAUCAAUCAACGCGAUGAGGAGUUUUAGCGUGUCUACGUCUAUUUAAGAAUAUCUGACAAAGGAAUAUUAGAAAGCAUCUAUCUACAGUGAUUAGAUCUGGCGGAAUAGGAAUAGGCCCCCUGUGUGUAGUUUUAAACACGAUCUACUAGAGGUAGGAGCAUAAUCUUCCUCUAACCUCGAACCGGCGACCAUUCCCCAGAACGCAAGAAAGCGUCCUCCGUCAAUGCGAACGCUGCGGAAGUGAGGUAUGCAGUAUUAAGAGUCCAGACCUUUGAAGAGGUGAAUUUCGAACAAGGGGGGCGUACCGGCAAGCUGCGACCAACAAGUGUGACGCGGACACGAGAUUUCUCGCAAUCGGAUAUUCCACCAUCGUUUGUGGCUGGUACGAAAGGAGGAAGCUUGGCGAAUAAUAACAUUAUGACUCUGAGGGAGUUGUUGUGGUUGUACUUAGAAAUAGAAUAUCGUGGUAAAUGAUGUAUGGCUCUGGUAUUUGGUAACCUGAAUUUGAUCAUAAGGGUUCUCUUCUUGUUUUCCCUUAUGAUCCAAUUCAGGUUACCAAAUACCGGAACCAUUCAAAUAAGAACAAAAUAGACCUAAAUGAGAAACUCAAACACAUGAAAAUUCUAUGAGAGAAGUAGUUGCAUACAACUCCUCUAACUCCCUCACCAGUCUUGACGAUCCCGACGAGCAAGAUGUCAAAGACCAUGCAGCUGCGGAUAGCAUUGGUCUAAGGGACAUCAUAUUUGGUGGUUUGACCUGGACCGGAGCUCGGCGACAAGGAGAACUGACCGUGAGUACUGCGUUAUCAGAGGCUCUAGCCUGUGGAUGGACGUUGGUGGAUAGCAGUACUACGAGAACCUACACGCCACAUAGGAUUGGGAUGGGCAGAAGGCUAGUAAGAGAAGAAACGUUCACCUUGUACAAGAAGAAUAGUGAAGCACCAACGUAUAAAAUCUGAAGUAGAACAUGGAGAGGAAUCGUCCUAUAGAAUCUGAUAUCAACUUUAAUUUCUGACCACUUGAAUUUCAUCUUCGUAGAAGGUACUCCCUACAAUGUUGGUAUAAUAACCUGCACUCUGCAGAGCUGCUUGUCAAUACGGAGAUCUGUUCGCUACUUAAUAAAAAACUGCUCUUUGUUGUAUAUUUAGUAUUGAUUCUCCUCAAGAUGAAGAAGAAGAUGAAGUUGAAGUAGACCAUACCCCUCUAAAAGACGACUCGUCAUCAGCACCAGCACG